UUUCCUGUCCUUCCAAAUGUGGUUACCGUUGGUAUUGCUCAUCACCAACUCUCUGUUUCGGGCGUUUUGCUUUGGAGACCUGGUCAUUCGGUCUCGCUAUCCGAAAUAUGGUGUCGUCAAUCCCAUAUUCCCAUCACCGUUACAUCACAGCCCUGCAGUUCGAACCGAGUCCAAGGGACUAUGCGAAGGGACAUGCAAGUCAUCACGCAUCAGUCCGUCUCAGUCUUGUAUCCACACGGCACGGGUGUUCCUCGCAAGGUAACAG